AAGCUGACCGCCAGGGCAGUGAGCGCCAGGCUUGGGCACGGCAGCCUGGUCCUGAGUGCCCUCUCCAGCAGCUCCUGGGCAUGGGCAGGCAGCCACUGCGGCAGACGGAGGUAGUGUUUGCCACACACAUGUUGCUUCUGGGGCAAGGCCCUGAAGGCUGACUAGCCGGCAGGAUGCCUGGCCUGCUGAACCGCGUCACUGGGGCAGCGCUGCCCCUCACCGCAUCUGAUGUCACCUCCUUUGUCAGUGGUUACGCCCUCGGCCUGACAGCCUCCCUUACUUAUGGCAAUCUGGAGGCUCAGCCUUUCCAGGGCCUCUUCGUGUAUGUGCUGGAUGAGUUCACCACGGUGAUCGGCUUUGAGGCAGUCAUUGCCGACCGCAUCGUGAAGGUACAGAUCAAGGACAAAGCGAAGCUGGAGAGCAGCCACUUGGAUGCCUCCUGUGCCCGAUCCCCGACUGUCACAGGGGACAUUCGGCAAGAGGGGGUUUCCAUCGCCCCUCAUUCCUGCACACCGGGAAAGGUGGCCUUGGAUGAGGACUUGGAGCGGGUCCUGUUUGUGGUCAACCUGGGGACCAUCACUCCCAUGGAGAAUGUCACCGUCUUCAUCAGCACCUCAUCGGAGCUCCCAACGCUGCCCAGCGGGGCCGUGAGGGUCCUCCUGCCUGCCAUCUGUGCCCCGACGGUGCCUCAGUUCUGCACCAAGAGCAGUGGCCUUUCCAACCCACAGGCCCAGGGCAAAGACACUUUGCCCUACUAUGGCACCCAGGCCCUGGACUCCUGGAACAAGCUGUGCCUGGCGACCCUGCUGGACCCCGAGGUGACCAACCCCAUGGAGUACGACUUCAACUUCCAGCUGGAGAUCCAUGGGCCAUGUCUGCUUGCAGGGGUGGAGAGCCCCACCCACGAAAUCCGCGCAGACGCUGCCCCUUCUGCACGCUCAGCCAAAAGCAUCGUCAUCACCUUGGCCAACAAGCACACCUUCGACCGGCCUGUGGAGAUCCUCAUCCACCCCAGCGAGCCCCACCUGCCACAUGUCCUGAUGGAGAAGGGGGACAUGACCCUAGCGGAGUAUGAUCAACACUUGAGGGGGAGAACUGAUUUCAUUAAAGCGACGAAGAAGAACAGCAGUGCAGAGCGGAAGACAGCAAUCAUCCGGAAACGCCUCCACAAAGACAUUCUCCACCACUCGGUCAUCAUGCUCAACUUCUGUCCUGACCUCCAGUCCAUGCAGCCAAACUUGAGAAAGACCCACGGGGAGUUCAUCUUCCUGGUUGACAGGAGCAACGGGAUGAGGGGGACCAACAUCCACCAUGUCAAGGAUGCCAUGCUGGUGGCCCUUAAGAGUCUCAUGCCAACCUGCCUCUUCAAUGUCAUUGGAUUUGGAUCCACAUUUAAGACCCUCUUCCCUUCUAGCCAGACCUACAGUGAGGAGAGCUUGGCUAUGGCGUGUAACAGCAUCCAGAGUAUGCAAGCUGACAUGGGUGGCACCAACAUCUUUUCUCCCCUCAAGUGGAUCGUCCGGCAGCCCGUGCACCAGGGCCACCCGCGGCUACUCUUCCUGAUCACGGGUGGCGCCAUCGGCAACACCGGGAAGGUGCUGGAGUUGGUGCGGAACCAUGCCUUUUCCACCAGGUGCUACAGCUUUGGGAUCGGACCAAAGGUUUGCCAUCGACUGGUAAAAGGGCUGGCAUCCGUGUCCAAGGGCAGUGCUGAGUUCCUAGUGGAGGGCGAGCGGCUGCAACCCAAGAUGAUCAAAUCCUUGAAGAAGGCCAUGGCCCCAGUCCUGAGUGAUGUGACGGUGGAGUGGGUCUUCCCUGAGGCCACUGAGGUCCUGAUAGCACCUGUCAGCACCAGCACCCUCUUCCCUGGAGAACGGUUGGUGGGGUAUGGCAUUGUGUGUGAUGCCUCCUUGUACGUCUCCAAUCCUAGAUCUGACAAGCGGCGAAGGUAUGGCAUGCUGCAUUCCCAGGAGUCUGGGAGCUCCGUCUUCUACCACUCUCAGGACGAGGGAGCCGGCCCGGACAGUGGAGACUGUACGAAGGGCGUGGGGGCACCCUUCAGCCAGGGGCGGGUGAAGGAUGCCUGGCCACUCGGUGGAGACCCCAGCACCAGCCACAGCCACAGUCUGGACCACACCCCGAGACGGAGGGCCUACAGUACCAACCAGAUCACCGACCACAAACUGUGCCCAAGGGCCACCACUGCCAGCGAGCCCACAGGAUCCUCCAGGAGAUACCCACUGCGGAAAGCCAAGCUGCAAGACCUCACCAAUCAGACCAGCCUGGAGGGCCAGCGGUGGCAGAAUGAUUUGCAGACACCCAAGCCCGUGCUGAACAAUGGUCAGGACCUGAGCCAGGGCCCCAAACUGCAUGGCCCAGGAGCCCGAAGGCCCUCUCUGCUGCCUCAAGGCUGCCAGCCCUUCCUGCCCUCUGGCCAGGAGACCUUGGCCUGGAGCCCCAUGAGGGAGCUGGACCCCGGAUCCAGCCUGAAAUCUGCCCUGGACAGCCGCAGCCCUGGGGAUCAGGAACCGUCCUAUCGCCCCUCCGCCUUCGAGACCGAGACAUCUUCGGACUGGGAGCCCACAGCUGAGUGUGAGGAGCAGGCCAGUCCCGGCAGGCCCAGCACCACCCCAGGCCCGGUGUUGGGAAAAGCCUUGGUUAAAGGCCUGCGCGAAGGCCAACGCGUGCAGUGGGAGGUGAGCUUCGAGUUGGGACCACCCGGCCCGGAGCCGGGCAGCGUGCGGGACGCUGACUUGUGGAGUGAGACCUUCCACCACCUGGCGGCCCGCGCCGUCAUCCGCGACUUGGAGCAACUGGCAGAGCGAGAGGACGAAAUCGAGCAAGGGUCCAGUUGCCGCUACCAGGUGAACGCUGUGCACACUAGCAAGGCCUGCAAUGUCAUCAGCAAGUACACAGCCUUCGUGCCCGUAGAUGUGAGCAAGAACCGGUACCUGCCCACGGCGGUGGAGUACCCCAGCUCAGGUGUUACGCAUCGGAUGGGCAGCUCCGGGGUGCUGACCCGACAGUGGAGGGGUGCAUCUGCGGGCUUUGGCCGGCCCCAGACCACACUGGGAGAAGACUUGGCUGUGGGAGAUGGCACAGUUCAGACCCUAACCACAGAGGAAAGCCCAACUUCACCCUUCAGUGAGCUCCUGUCCCCCAGCCGAGAGAAGCACACAGCUUCGGAAGGUCCCCUGCACAGCCUGCCCACCAACACCCUUUCCUCCACGAAGGCCUCAGAGACUCUCUUUGGAUCUAAGCUGAAUUUCAACAAGUCCAGGCUGCUGACUCGAGCAGCCAAGGGCUUCCUGGGCAAGCCGCUCACCAAGGCAGCGGAGUCCACCUCAGGAACCCAGAGCUUUGACUAUGUCCCUCUGGUGUCUCUGCAGCUGGCCUCCGGUGCCUUCCUGCUCAACCAAGCCUUCUGCGAGGCCAUCCACAUCCCCACAGAGAAGCUUAUGCGGACCUCACCUUUCUCUUGCCACCGAGUGUCCCUCUCUGCCCGUCCGCUGUGCACCGGCCCCUCACCUCCGCACCUGUCCUGCGACAGCAUUUCUCUGGGGCCUCUGGCUGAGGGCAGGCCGGGAUCAGAGCCCACAGCACUGGUGGAGCACACAGGAAAGCUGUGGGCCACAGUGGUGGGGCUGGCCUGGCUGGAGCACAGCUCGGCCUCUUACUUCAUUGAGUGGGAGCUGGUGGCUGCCAAGGCCAACUCAUGGCUGGAACAGCAGGAGGUGCCUGAGGGCCACACACAGGCCGUGCUCAAGGCUGCUGCCCGCCAGCUGUUUGUGCUCCUACGGCACUGGGAUGAGAACCUGGAGUUCAAUAUGCUCUGCUAUAACCCAAAUUACGUGUAGAGGGGGCAAGGUUGGUAGGGGAGAGCGGUGGGUAUCUAGGCCUGGUGGGCGAACAUUAGUUGGGAGGCCUGAAUUCCAUCCCAACUCUGCUACGACCCAGCUGUGCAACCUUAGGUCAGUCCCUGUCCCUGUCCCUGUCUGGGCCUCAGCAUCCUUAUCUGUCAAAUAAGAAGCUGAGAUGAGGUGGUAGGAUGAGAUCUUUCAAGGGUUCGAAUGUUCCUUUCUGCCCCAACUUUCAGGCAAUCCUGGGGUUUAGUGCUACUUGUCAAGCCUGAGUUUUCUCUGGAGGAAGACCAUGAGGGCAUGGAGUAGAGGCAGCAGUCUCCCCAAUAAAGGGCCAAUGAGGGAACCAGUGACUAAAGUAACCAGACCUACAAGCCUACACCCAGGCACUGAGGGAUCCCCUCUGUCUGUUACACUGGGGGCAGGCUUUCAUUUCCAAGGUGACAAUCUAGGACGGCCCACUUCCCUCCUCAAAGCCAACUGGAGAAGCUUCCUUCCCCACACUUUCCAAAAUUGCUUGUGGGUUUUUCUCUGGGCAAGGAAACGUUUUAGUUCUGGUUUGCAGAUUUCUGAGGCUUCCUAAAGAGAGGUGGUAGACAGAAUUCAAGCAGCUAGAGACCCUGCAAGCCAAAGUAUUACAUCGAUGCUUCAGUCUGUGCCGAAAUGAUCCAAAGAGGCAGACAUGCUCACAGAAGCCAGGGAAGACAGCAGCAGAUGACACCUGAAAUAAUGUACGUACGUACUUUAAGGACCCGGAUGAAGUGGACUCCAUGCGCUUGUGUUGAGAGGCUAGAGCGGCACCGCCAUGCACACUGCAUUCUGGGAUAGUGGAGUCCCUUUAACCAGACCGCGCUGCAGGAGAAAGGAUAUGUUUGCAACAGAAAAUAAUGCUUGACUGCCGUGCAUUUGGGGGUGGUUACUUCAGCUGGAUAGCCUGAGUGGUUUGGCAAAGUGAAAGGACUGUGAACCAUUGAAGCUGGAACCCCUGGGGCUCCCCCACUACAGUCCUACCGCAUGAUACGCAUUGGUGUGCCCAGCCUCUGAUUCACUCAGGACUAACUGCCCAGUUGCCCUUGCCCUAAGGACUCCUCAGACAUGGGCCUGGGCCCCCACGCUGAGUUGAUAUACCCCGAAUCCCUCUUUCCAAGGCCUUAGCCUCUCAGCAAAUUCCUUUCCCAGGAACGGUCCCAGGGCCUUGACAUGAAGGCCCAUAGACAUCCUUUUUUGUUGUUUUGGUGGGAGCGGGGAGGUUGUGGUGUGGUUCUGGCAUAAAUCCCAGCUUCAUGAAGACUCAGGAUGGCCAGGCUCCUGCAGGAGCCAGAGGGAGAGAGGAGGCUCCCACAGACUGUCAGCGGGUGUCAGUGUGACCAGGUGUGGUGCCCUGGUCCUGCCCCAUCCUGCCCACCUGCCAAGGUGCAACUGCUCCCAGCAGGGCCCCUGCAGCCCUCAUAAUCCUUGCUUCACUGGUUGGCUGGGCUCCUCUGGGAGGAACCCAGCCAGCCAGGCCCUGCUACUGUGACACCGUGACUCCACUGGGACAGGAUGCCAGGCCGGAGCGUGGACUCAACAUCAGUGCCACCAGGGAGGAUGAGAGCUUUAGGUUGUCUUCCUCAAGGCCCCAAAGAGGUGUCAGGACAUCAGUGUCAUCUCCCUGUGUUCCUCCUUCUCCUCCCCCAUUUCAUCCCCUACUUCUUCAACUAUGAAGCCCUAGCUUCAAAACAGGGAUGGAGGGGGUGGCAUUUACUUCCUGGUCCACUGCUGAUGGAAAAUUGGCAGGCUUUGAGUCAGAGCACCUGGGCCCAGAUCUCAGCCUUGAUUAGCAUAGGCAGUGGCUUCACCCUGCUGGGUUUUCUGGAGCUGGGGUCUGUGCAUUGCUCUGACAUUCCCAGGUGACCUGCUUCUAAAUUUGUCCCUCUCAGUGAACAUGUAUUUGCUCCACUUCUCCAUAUGAACUUUAACAAGUCCUUGCUAUGGACAAUGACUAGGGCUUGAGACACCCCGCCCCUGCCCACCAUGACAGUACAUAAGAUACCUAGAUGGAGUGACCCUGAAACUCAGUAAGGUGGUAAACACAUCCUCCCCUUCUCCACCAAGUUCCUCAGACCACGCCCCAGCAGCAGCAGUUGAAACUCAGUGAUAUGUCUGAUACAAGAUCAGUACCACUGCAGGACCGCUGCCAAGCACCCAAGAACAAAUUCUUUGCAGUCUCAAGUGACCCAAGGGCUGUGCAGGGACAUCUAGACAAGAGGCAUUUUUAAGAUGAUGCCAGUCCUAUAGAGAUGAUUCACAGCCUCAGGAAUUUGCUGCCAGCAUUACCAAGCAGAGGACUGGAGAGUCUCCCUUGAAAGACAGGAUAAGAGCCUUGGACAGUGAGCAUCUGGCUAGGGCUAAAGGGCUUGCAAAGGACCUCCCAUGUGCAACACAUCCCAUGCAACCUGGGAAAAUUUGUACGCAUCUGAUUUAAUUUGUUAAACUAGCCCUUGGCUUCUUAGUCAAAGGCCCUGCACUGUCUGAAGAAAUGCUAAUGGCUGCUUUAGUGGGAAGCAAGCUGAAUCAAGAAUUGGAGGGGCCUGAGGGUUAGCCCUGAACCCACUAGCAGCAGGCCGUGUGACCUCUAGCAAAUCAUAUGUUUCCUCCAAGGCCCUGGAUCACCUUUUGUGGAAUACUGGGCUUACACCAGAUCAGUAGUUCCAUCCCUGUUGCUCAGGUGAGAUGUGAAUAAGCCACCCAUGGAAAACUGUCCUGUGGGCGAGUGUGCAGGGAGACACUGGAAGAACAGGUUGCUUUAGGUUAGGAUUUCACAUGUAGAUCCAGAGAGGUGGCCCAGAUGUGGUUCUUCCAGGUUGCUCAGCCAAAAAACGCUGGUCUAGAUCUCCCCGGGGGUUCUCUACUCACUGACAUCCACCAGCCCUUACGGAGUGUGUGCCAGAUUAUAGGGGCAACUGCUGUGAACAUGCUAGAUGCUCUCUCUGCCCCUGUAGAGCCUGGCAAGAAGCCCUUGAAGAGCCUCUUCCAUGAUACAUCUUCCCUUUCUCUGGAGUUUCCAGUGGCUUUCUCCUGACCAAUCACACUCCCAAACCCCUGGUCCUGCCAUGCUGGGGAUGGCUGCAGACAGGCACUGCCUGAAUGCCAUCAGCACUGAGCCAUCCUGUGAGCUCACAGACACUCACUGAUGGUUUGGGUACAGCUGGCCAUAACACUGCUUGGUGCUGGGUAGUCAGCGGAGCUCCCAGGUAGACCAGGGUAGUUCCGGAAGUGGGGUUCCUGAGGGUCAACUGCCUGCCAUGCAGAGACGCAGAACCCUGUCACUGAGUCCUCUCUCAGUAGAAGAGACCAUCUCUGGACCCCAGGGAAGCUAGUCCCUUCCCUCAGGAAAGCUCAGCUCACACUUUUGAAGAAGCUGCUCUGUUUCCUGCCUGCACCUGUGUUUCCCAGCCAUCCUGGCCUUCAGACACAAAAAAUGGCACCCCCUGUGCCCCCGACCUGUGCUGGCACUUGUCACAACUAAUGAAGGGAGCAGCUGGUUCCAAGUUCAGCCCUGCUGGGUUUUCCCCUGCAGUUCUUGUGUGUGAGAAAACAAGGGCUCCCUUCCUCCCUUCUAGCUGGUUCACCUAUCCCCUGGGAGCCUCCUCUAAAUCCUGAUCAUACCCAGCUGAGCCCCACCCUUGUAUUGGAAGGCCAGCUUGCUUCCUCUGUUGGCUACUGUUUUCCUUUUUCUUCCUCAUCUGGACCUCUGAAGGACAGGGAGUGAGGAAAGGGGUCUCCUCCACCUGCUAGAACCCUGUAACACCCCAACACUCACCACUCCACAUGCUGCCUCUCACUACUUGCACAUUGUCACAUCUCCAAGUGACCCCAGACAUAAAUAUUCAGCAUCUGCAAUGCCCUGGGGAGAGAAAGGGAAGAAACUGCCACCCCAAAAACAGACUGUAUUUUUAUUGCCAAAGCACCUGGGAAAGGUCUUCUUUUUUCCCCCUCAAGAGACUAAAGAAGUCAGCAAUGACAACAACAAGAGCAGCAGCAAAAAUGUUCACAUCCCUCAGCUGUAACAUAGCAUACUCCACAAUGCCAGUGUAAAAAUAACUAGGGCAGAAGCGUGUGUGGCAUUCUGCAACUGGAUAAUCUGAUCCACAGAGAUCUGUCCCCAGGUCAAGAGCUUGGCAGCGCUGCCUGGCCAGGCCUCCAGCCCAUACUGUGGAGCACCCUAACCCUUAUGUCCAGCCUGCCCCAGGCCGCUGACAGAGUCUGUCCACAGCACUGCCUCCCCGAAGUCCCCUAGCGAAGGCAGGUUUCUCCUGUCCAUGCUGCAGUUCUCCUUGGCCCAGAGCCAGCUGUCUUGAACUUACAGCUGCUUCCAAGGCAAAGCGCCUUGUCUCAAUGUGCUCACUGUGGCGACGUGUGUGGUAUAGUUUUACUAUUUGCCCAGGUGGCUUUGGCUCACAUGGCAUGGCCGGUGCUUGUCCCUGUUGGAGCCUCAAGUGCCUAUAACAUGCUGUCCUGUCCCUUCACCUGCACACAGUAAUGUCCCCACAGUGCCUGUGACACUUCUUGUUCUUGGAAUAUACAUCACCUGUCUGUCCGGUGGCCAAUUAUGUAGAUGUUGUGCAGGGCCUGGACCUCAGCUGUCUAAUGCCCACAAUCCUGUGCGAAUUCCACC